CUGAAAUGAUGACUUGUACAAUUCAUUAUAGACAAGAAUAUUUGACUGACUUAUCUGUAGGAUUUUGAAUAUUUAUAGUGAACAACACAGAGCUUCAUUCUCAUUUUUGAGUAAAGAUCUAUUCCUGGAUAGACCUUUAUUUUGAGAGUAUGGCCAACUUCACUCUGGUGACUGAGUUCCUCCUGGAAGUGUUUGCUGAGACUUGGGAGCUCAGGAUCCUACUCAGUGUGCUGUUCCUGCUGGUGUAUCUGGGCAGCCUGUUAGGGAAUCUUACCAUUAUCAUUGCUGCUACAAUUGACCAGACCCUGAACACACCCAUGUACUUCUUCCUCAGGAAUCUUUCCAUUUUAGACAUGGGGUAUGCAUCUGUUACUGUGCCCAAUGCUUGUAUCAACUCUUUCUUUGAUCACAGGAACAUUUCUAUGGGUGGGUGUGCAGCACAGAUCUUUUUGUUCUUCUUUUGUGCAUGUGUAGAGAUUCAGUUUCUCACCAUCAUGGCCCAGGACCGCUAUGUGGCCAUCUGCAAGCCUCUUCUCUACCCUAUAAUUAUGAACCAUCAGUUCUGUGGUCAGAUGACAGUGGCUUCUCUACUUAGCUCUCUUAUCCUUGCAAGUGUGCACACUUUCAAAACUUUCCAGCUGUCCUUCUGCCACUCUAAUAUAGUCCCUCAGUUCUUCUGUGAUAUCCCAUCUUUGCUGAGGCUUUCUUGCUCUGACACCUUUAUCAACCAACUCUUACUUCUUCUGUCUGCCAUUGGGCUCAGUGGUAGCUGCUUUACCUUCAUUGCCAUAUCAUAUGUUCGCAUAUUAUCAACUGUCCUAAAGGUUCCUGUCAAAGGAGAGAGAGGAAAAGCCUUUUCCACCUGUGUCCCUCACAUUAUUGUGGUGUGUGUGUUUCUUAGUUCUGGGGCCUAUGCAUAUCUAAGACCUCCAGCAAUCUCAGAUAUAAUGAAGGAUAUGACUCUUUCUGUAUUUUAUACUAUUGUUCCACCAUUCUUAAACCCUAUUAUCUAUAGUCUUAGAAACAAACAGAUAAAGAAGGCUGUGAAGAAAGUAAUAUUCAGAAUUUUUCAUAGAUGA